AGUCCUGCGUCGGACCAAGAGCCAGUGGUCAGCAGACCAUCAGACCAAGAGCCAGCGGUCAGAAGACCAUCAGACCAAGAGCCAGCGGUCAGCAGACCAUCAGACCAAGAGCCAGCGGUCAGCAGACCAUCAGACCAAGAGCCAGCGGUCAGCAGACCAUCAGACCAAGAGCCAGCGGUCAGCAGACCAUCAGACCAAGAGCCAGCGAUCAGCAGACCAUCAGACCAAGAGCCAGCGGUCAGAAGACCUCCAGACCAAGAGCCAGCGGUCACAAGACCAUCAGACCAAGAGCCAGCGGUCAGCAGACCAUUAGACCAAGAGCCAGCGGUGAGCAGACCAUCAGACCAAGAGCCAGCGGUCAGCAGACCAUCAGACCAAGAGCCAGCGGUCAGAAGACCAUCAGACCAAGAGCCAGCGGUCAGCAGACCAUCAGACCAAGAGCCAGCGGUCAGCAGACCAUCAGACCAAGAGCCAGCGGUCAGCAGACCAUCAGACCAAGAGCCAGCGGUCAGAAGACCAUCAGACCAAGAGCCAGCGGUGAGCAGACCAUCAGACCAAGAACCAGCGGUCAGAAGACCAUCAGACCAAGAGCCAGCGGUCAGCAGACCUCCAGACCAAGAGCCAGCGGUCAGCAGACCAUCAGACCAAGAGCCAGCGGUCAGCAGACCAUCAGACCAAGAGCCAGCGGUCAGCAGACGACACCGACGCGUCAACAGAAGAAGCACAACAAACCAAAAGUAGUAGCAAAACAAACAAAACAAACUCAAGAGCCGCAGAAACAAACUCAAGAGCCGCAAAAACAAACUCAAGAGCCGCAGAAACAAACUCAAGAGCCGCAGAAACAAACUCAAGAGCCGCAGAAACAAACUCAAGAGCCACAGAAGCCCAUAAUCAGCAACGAUAGCCAAACAACAAAUGAGUCACUCAGCAGAAGCAGUAGCUCUCAGAAUUCCAGUGGCUCUCAGUAUUCCAGUGGCUCUUGGUAUUCCAGUGGUUCUCGGUAUCCAGUGGCUCUUGGUAUUCCAGUGGUUCUCGGUAUUCCAGUGGCUCUUGGUACUCCAGUGUCUCUUAGUAAUUCCAGUAGCUCUCAGUAUUCCAGUGACUCAUGGUAUCCAAAGACUCUUGGUAUUCCAGUGGCUUUUGGUAUUCCAGUGGCUCUAGGUAUUCCAGAGACUCUUGGUAUUCCAGAGGCUCUUAGUAUUCCAGAGGCUCUUGGUAUUCCAGAAACUCUUGGAAUUCCAGAGGGUCAUGUAUUCCAAAGGCUCUUGGUAUUCCAGAGGCUCUUGGUAUUCCAGAAACUCUUGGAAUUCCAAAGGGUCAUGGUAUUCCAAAGGCUCUUGGUAUUCCAGAGACUCUUGGUAUUCCAGAGACUCUUGGUAUUCCAGAAGCUCUGUUAUUCAAGUAGUUCUUUGUAA